AUGACAUUAACAUACCAUCAAAACAACAUUCAUUUAAUAUUUAAUGCGGAAUUAACAAAAGCAAUCGAUUACAUGGUACUUUGUCUUCGAUCACCACAAUCUAAACACCCAACACCACCACAACCACAACAACCACUGGAUCAAUCAACAACGACAACAACAACUAAUACAAAUGAUCUCACAAUGAGUGAUCUCGAGAACAAUAACAAUAACGAUCAAAUCCCAUCAACCUCCACUUUGUUUCCUGAUGUUGUUCCUACUACUACGCGCCCAGACUCACUCCCGUCAGAUGUAUUCCAAGCAACCCUGAUCGCAUCCAAGACACCGAUCUCUUCCUCUAUCGUACCUGGUCAACUAGAGAACAAACAGUGA